AUGGAGUACCUACCAAGCCUUCAGCAAGACUUCGAUGAGCUCAAGCCAUCCCUCUUCGAGUUGCUCGCGGAACAACAGCUAUCAGACCUCCUUCCUCCCUCGAUACGAUAUAUCCUUGCCAUCGCUACACACCGUCAUCCGCGGUAUCUACUCCGGGUGCUUAACUCCUACGAUGAAGUCUACGCGUUCCUUUCCCUCAUCGUCGAGCGGUACUAUCUCCGCAACUUUGGCGGUUCAUUCACAGAGAACUUCUACUCGCUCAAACGCGAGCGAGUCCUUUUAACAAAGAAUGGAGAGAUCCCUCGCGCCCAGCUCGGCGCGCCUGGACCCGUCCGCGACAGCCUCAAACUACGGACUGCCGAUGUAUGGAAGAACCUGCUCAUCAUGGUCGGCAUUCCUUACCUGAAGCGCAAGCUGGACGAAGGCUACGACAUCCACGCCGCGCCGCAAGCGUCCCUGAUCAUGAGCGGCGGGCCUCGAUAUAACCCAAGCGACGAUCUCCCACCACACCCAACAGUGCGCCAACGCCUCAUGCACGCAUACAAAUGGUUCCUGCGCAACAUCUACCCCUCCGUUAACGCAGCCUACUACUUCUCCAUCCUCGCCUUCAACCUAGCCUACCUAUUCGACAACACAAAAUACUCCUCCCCCUUCCUUUGGCUUAUCGGCACUCGCAUCCGCCGUCUCAGCUCAGCAGAUCACCACGCCAUCGCAAAGAUCCUAGAUGGCAAGCCCCAAAAUCCGCGCGGCGCGCGGACCCGUCCGGGCUCGGGAUUGCUGGGCCUCCUCAGCCCGCAGAAUAUCUACCCGCAACUCCUCACUUCUCUCCGCUAUUUCCUCCCGGCGUCCAUCUUUGCGCUAAAGUUUCUCGAGUGGUGGCACGCUAGCGAUUUCUCGCGCCAGCUUGCUCGCAAAGCCACCGAUACGCUGGACAUCCCGGCGCCUAUAACGAAGGGUAUGAUCCCGCCGUCCGAACGAAAACCGAAGCCCUCGCAGAAACAAGACCCACAAUCUCCUAAAUCAGCACUCAAGUCCUCUUCAUCGCCACGGAAGCGUAUCCAACCACCCAUCUCCGCCUCCUCAUACCUGCCUAUCUUCACCGUGCCCCUCCCACCAGCUGACUCCGACGCUGCCUCAUCCUGCCCUAUCUGCCUGAACCAGCUCACCAAUCCCACGGCCUGCCAGACGGGCUACGUAUACUGCUAUGUGUGUAUCUUCCACUGGCUGAACGGAGACCACCAGCGCCAAAUUGAUUUCAUGAAUGGGGAUGGCGCCGGUGCAGCUUGGCAGGAUGAUUCCGGCGAUGGUGAGGAGGGCGAUGAGGCGGAGAAGACGCCAAAACAAGGGAAAAGUCGGGAGGGGAAAUGGGAGAGUGGGAAGGGCAGGUGUCCGGUUACGGGAAGGAGAGUUCUUGGUGGGACGGAGGGGUUGCGGAGGGUCCUUAUUUGA